AAACCGUCACAGAAAAAAUAACGGUCUUUCAGAGAGUGGAAACAAUUCCUCUCCUCUUAUUUUCUUUUUUCCCAUUUUUUUUCCUUCCAUCCAUCGCUUCCAUUUUCCGCCAUUUUUACACCUUUUUCUUGCUUCUUCGUCCUUUACUUUUCUCUCUCCCUUUCAGGCGUUUCCUUCGGAUCAAUCUAUUUUUCCUUUUCUUUCUCCUCAAAUCUCUCUUCUCUCUCUAAAAGUUAUCGGUUCUCGUUUUAUCUUCUCUCUGCUCUUCCUUCCUCAAACAUUUCUGGCUUUGUCUGCUCGAUUUCGAGAGCUCUUGCUCAUCGCUAGAGCUCUCGAUCGAGCUUUUUGAUUCUGUUAUUUGUUUAUAUGAAUGUCAAUUAGUUUAUCAAUCUUUAAUCGAAAUGUCUGUUGAGUGAUAAUUCUAUCAAGAAAUUAAGCUUUUGAAAUCAGAUAGAGAAGCGAGAAGUUUAAUUAAAAUGGAGAUGGCGGCACAAAUAAAGCGAGGAAUUUCGAGACAAUUUUCGGCAGGAUCAUUAAGGAGGUCUGGGAGGUUUAGCUUCAGGAGACAAUCAUCAAUGGAUCCUCAGAGAAACACUAAAAGAUUCAGCUUCGGACGACAGUCAUCGCUCGAUCCGAUUCGGCGAAGCACGGUGCUGGAGGAGCCGUUGACGGUACCGGAGAAUCUGGACUCAACGAUGCAGUUAUUGUUCAUGGCUUGUACAGGGGAUGUGAAAGGAAUUGAAGGUUUGUUGAAUGAAGGAACUGAUGUUAAUAGCAUUGAUUUGGAUGGAAGAACCGCUUUGCAUAUUGCCGCGUGUGAAGGGCAUAUUGAGGUGGUGAAGUCGCUGUUAAGUCGUAAAGCUAAUAUUGAUGCUCGUGAUCGUUGGGGUAGUACGGCAGCAGCUGAUGCUCAGUACUAUGGAAAUAUGGAAGUGUACAAUGUUUUGAAGGCUCGGGGAGCAAAAGUUCCUAAAACUAGGAAAACUCCAAUGGUAGUUGCAAAUCCCAAGGAAGUUCCAGAAUACGAACUUAAUCCACUUGAGCUUCAAGUUCGCAGAUCUGAUGGUAUUGCAAAGGGAGUAUAUCAAGUUGCUAAGUGGAAUGGAACCAAGGUUGCUGUAAAGAUACUAGAUAAGGAGAGCUAUUCUGAUCCAGAAAGCAUAAAUGCUUUUAAAUAUGAGUUGACAUUGUUGGAAAAGGUGCGCCAUCCUAAUAUCAUUCAGUUUGUUGGAGCUGUUACUCAAAAUAUUCCAAUGAUGAUUGUAGUAGAAUUCCAUCCAAAGGUAUCUCCGAUACCACUCCAAGGUGAUUUAGGCUGCUAUCUUCAAAAGAAAGGUCGGUUAAAACCAUCUAAAUCGUUAAAAUUUGCACUUGACAUUGCAAGGGGAAUUAAUUGCCUACACGAGUGCAGACCUGAUCCAGUUGUUCAUUGUGAUCUGAAGCCCAAAAAUAUUUUGCUCGAUAGUUCAGGACUAUUGAAAGUAGCAGGAUUUGGUUUGGUACGAUUAUCAAAGAUAUCAGCUGAUAAAUUUAAAAUGGCGGACCCUGGAGCUGGCACUCGUAAUGCAAGUGUAUAUACAGCACCUGAGCUCUACAAUGAUGAAAUAUUUGACAAGAGUGUGGAUGCAUUCUCCUUCGCUGUCAUUCUCUAUGAGAUGAUUGAAGGUGUUCAUCCUUUCCACCCAAAACCUGCAGAAGAAGCCAUUCAGCACAUGUGUUUAGAGGGGAAAAGACCACCGUUUAAGAAGUUGAAAAGUUAUCCAUCGGAAUUAAAAGAGUUGAUUGAACUAUGUUGGAGUGGAGAUCCUUCUCUUAGACCAAGCUUUGCUGAGAUCAUUUUGCGGUUGGAUGGUGUGGUUGCCCACGGUUCUAAACAAGGAUGGUGGAAAGAUACCUUCAAGCUUCCUUGGUUGUAGUAAAAUGCUAUAACACUGCUCGAAAUUAGACUUGGAAUCAGAAGAACUAUACUUUGUGGAAGAUUUUAAUAAAUCCAACAUGAACACGUCUGGGAAUUUACACAUUGGAGUUUCGACUAGCCAUGAGAAUAAGUUUUGGCUAAGUCGUAUUUAUACAUAAAGAAAAGAUCCAAGUCAUUAUCUCUUUUGUUUGUCGUUCUUUUGCUUCUUUUUGUCUUUUCGGAAAGGACUGAAAUAACUUUCUAUGUACAUUGUGAGCAAGAAUUUAUAUAUACCCCGUUUUUACUUCUUUC